GAUCCAAAUUCAAAUUUCCUUUGUCGAGGCUCAUUAAAUGAUUAUGCAGCAUGCCAGUGUCGGGAAGACGAUAGUGAGCUAUCAUGCAUAAACGCUCAGUUUGUUGAUACAGAUGUUUUUCUUCAUAUAAACAAUUAUCAUAGACAUUUUCGGAAAAUAACAUUUCAUGGCAAUAAUUUUCAAGAUCUGCCAGAUAACCCUCUUUUUGGAACUGAUGAACACCAAAAUUUGGAGGUUUUAAACAUAUCAGCAAAUUAUAUUGUGAAUUUAAAUUCGAAAGCUCUGAAAGGAAUGCCAAAUCUCCUCAUAUUGGAUAUGAGCAACAAUGAGAUUGUUUUAAAACCAGAAGAUACCACUUUUUUGUCAUAUAUUCCCAAGUUGAAACAGUUGUAUCUGCGGCGCGCUUUUACGUCAUUGGUCAAUCGAACCGUUCAGUUUGCACUCAUGAUGGAAAUGUUUGAAAAUGCCAAUCUCAGUGAACUUAAUUACAUUGAUCUAAGUUAUAACUUUUUUACAUCGGUCCCUUAUCAACUUGCUUGUCCUUUUCCAUCACUGAGGUAUAUCGAUCUUCGACAAAAUUUUUUACAAACAGUUAACAUAAAUCUCACAUGUUUGGCGAAAAUUGAAAUAUUCGACUUGAGCAGGCAAUUCAUUACAUUUUUAAAUAAUUUUCGACAGUUGGAUGAAUCAUUCAUGAAAGGAAUCGGUCAGAUGUUGCCGGAACGUUCAAUUAUUUUGAAAAACUCUUUUUACUGCAAUUGUAAAAGCGUUUCAUUCAUCAAGUGGGUCAGACAUUCCAGAACGGUGUAUAAGAAUGUUCUGGCUUGCAGUCGUGCCAGCCCUUCCAAAUACAAUGGUUUUCGCUUGCAAGAUUUACCGUUGGAUGCUCUGGAUUGUAAUGAUCCAGUUUUGGCUGGUCAAGCUUCUCUUUAUUUCAAUACUAUUUCAGUAUUAUCUAUGCUUUUACUAGAUAUUUUUUUGUAUAUGUUGUUUUGA